AAGAUAUCGGCCAAGCAGUGACAGGUGAACUCCCUCUUUGGACUGGGACACUGAGCAGAGAGGAGCAGACAUGGCCGGAUACAAACCAAGGGUGAUUUCUCUAAGCAAGAGGCCUGGUCAGACUUUUGGCUUCUAUCUGAGGGUGGAGCAUGGCCAGGAGGGUCACCUGAUCCGCUGCCUGGAAAUGGGAGGUCCAGCAGAAUUGGCUGGCAUGAAGGAUGGCGAUCGCAUCCUCCGUGUCAAUGGAACAUUUGUUGACGCGCUGCCCCAUUCGGCGGUGGUGGAAAUGGUGAGAGAAAGCGGAGCAUCUGUCACGUUCCACCUUCUGGAUGAGUCUUCUUACAAGAACGCUAAAGCGCAGGGAGUGGACUUUUCUGACCUUCAGAGCCCAGCGAUUGCCAACGGAGUGGCCAAACAGGAUCCCAAACCCAAACUCUGCUUUAUGGUGAAGUCCAGCUCAGGCUUUGAGUUUUCUCUGCGCUCAGUCAAAGGUGAGAAUGGAAUGUUCAUGACAGCAGUGACCCCAGGAAAUGUGGCAUACAAAGCGGGGGUCAGAGUCCAAGACCGUCUGCUGGAGAUCAACGGGGAGAACAUCGAACACUGCACACACGAACAAGUAGUGGCAAAGAUGAAACAGGCAGGCAGCAGCGUCAUGCUCUUACUGGUCGAUGAGGAAACAGACAAGUUCUUUCAGAAGAAGCGUGCAAAGAUAGGAACGUGGUUAGCCACAACCAAGUACCUUCCUAAGCAGCCGCGCAUCAUCAACAUAACCGAAGGCUCAGAUGGAUACGGUUUCCUGCUUAGAGAGGAGCCCAAAGUCACAGGACACUUCAUUAAGGACAUAGACAGGGGCAGCCCAGCAGAGAGAGCAGGCCUGAAGGAAAUGGACAGACUGGUAGCUGUGGACGGCAAGGAGGUGGACAGCUGCAGCCACGAGAUGGUGGUGGAAAUGUUCAAGAAGAGUGGCAACAAAUGCUGCCUCCUGGUGGUGGACAGAGACACGGACAAAAUGUACAAGAUGGGCAAAGUGUCUCCUAUGCUUUUCUGGGAGGACAUGAAGGACUCCCACUCACCACCCAGCUACACAGAGGCCAUCACUUUACCCACUGGUGGUGUCCAACAACCUAAACACAAUCAUGAGAAUGAAGAGGAGCUCAAGCCUAAACUGUGUAAACUGGAGAAGACCUCAGGUACCUUUGGCUUCCACCUGAACGGCAUCCAGGGGGUGUCUGGUCAGUACAUCACCGAGGUGGUGACGGGAGGAGCAGCGGACAGGGCAGGUCUGGAGAACAACGAUAUUGUGGUGGAGAUAAACGGGGUAAAUGUGGAGCAGAGGAGCUACGCCGACGCGGUGGAAAUGAUCAAAAAAAGUGGCAACUCUCUGGAGAUGCUGGUGGCUAGGAAGAGCGUCUACGACAAGCUCAGAGCUAAAGGAGUGACCAUCACGACCCUGCUCCUCGAGGAAACAUCCUACGUUCAAGUCCACACUGCAGACUCUCCAAAGACCAGCCACAGGGCCAUACGAGAGGAAGAGGAGGAGAGGACAAGAUCUGUGACCCCAGAAAGACUGAGAGCCACUUCUGUGACUUCAAAUGCAUCUGAACUGAGCUUGGAUGAGAGAUUUUGAGGAGCCUCCUGAAGAAUCCCUGAUUUCACCUAAUCAGAUGUUGAUGUUGUUGUUUUUUCCUAUAACAAUCAGCUCUAUGGGCUUCAUACAUCUAGCUAAUAUCACAAGAGAAAAAGAGAUGAAGAAAACAACGAGGACUGUAAAGACUUUUGAAAUCUACUGCCAAAAUCUGAUUCAUAGCAGAAGAGCUUCUUCAAUUGUAUGAAAAGGUUAAGAACAAAAACAUGUUCUCAAAUAUCAAGAGUGUUCAGGAACUUGUGAUCAUACAUCCUUUGAUCUACUUGUGAGCCAGUACAGUGAUGAGUAUUAUCUUUAACAUACCGGAGAUUACUGAUGUCACCAAAAUUAUAAACACUUGCUACUGCCAGUAAAAACACUGUGGCUUUGCAAAAAUGUUUUCUCUAUGCACAAACCGCUGCUUUUAUUUAAUGUUCUAAAAAAAAAAAACUAUGUAAAUUUGCUGUUCCCAUUUCUGUGAUGAAAGUAAACGAAUGACAGCUUUCAUGAACACAAAUAAAUGCACGUGUAGCAUCUGAAUUAA